GGCUGCCAGGCCUAUAAGAAGGAGACCCGCCGUCACCUGCCCCCCGACGUCCACAAGAGGCGCGAGCAACAGUCUCGCCGCGACGUGCGGGAAAAUAGGCGGGCUGCUGCCCAGCCUCCGCAGUCAGGCCCCUCAGGCUACCAGGGCCCCCCCAGGCAGAAUCCCUGGGGCCCCCCCAAGUACCCACCGCCCGCCACUUUCGGCCAGUACAUGGCCCAGGCUGGCGUCAACCCCUGGACACCUCUGCAGCAGUGCAGCCAGGGGUACAACGAGCUGGAGUACCCAGUCCUGGCCAACAACCCUUGGCUGCGCAAGCCAAGGGGGCCCCAGGGGCCCAAGAAAAAUGCCACUGGCCACAAAAAUGGCCAGGGCAAACCGCAGCAGCCCCCCCAGGAGAGGGCACAGCAGCCUGCUCGCGAUAAGCAGCCUGCCCAGCCCAAGCCGCUGGCCACCAGACUGGCUCCAGCAGCCCCGGCGCUGCGAACGCCCCCGCCCAGGCAGCCCCAGGUAGCACCUGCUCCUGAGGCUGACAUGCUGAUCGACUUGGCCUCAGAGCAGCCGACAGCCCCGCCCAUGCGCAUGGAGCAGCCAGCCCAACCUAGCUUGGCUGACUUCAUGCAA